AUGAUUUUGGAAGAGCAAAGAUUUCUCCACGAGGACCUGGAGCGGCUGGAGCAGGCCAUCACCGAGCGUGUCGCGGACGACCCCAGAAAUAUCAAAGAAAGAUUAAUCCGUGAUCACCAGAUAAGUGGGUUCCUGGCACGCAUACAAGAGCAGUCGAGGCGGUUGUUGGACAUCUACAAAGACACCGAAGGCUUGCGCGCGAAAGAGCUCCAGAGUCUUUCGACUGGUGACCCGUUCGAAGAAUUUUACAAACAACUAGACGAUGUCAGGGAUUUCCACCGUCGCUAUCCCAACGAACCGGUCGAGAACCUUGACCGCGCAUACAAGCGCCGGCGGCCCGAAGAAGGCGAAACUCUCACCACCGAAGUCGACAACAUGUUCACCGGCGAAGAGUCCAACGGGCGGUUCCUGGACCUGACAACCUUGCAUGAAGAUUACCUGAACCUGCCGGGCGUCAAGCGCCUCACGUAUCUGCAGUACCUCGACAGCUUCGAUGCUUUUGAGCCACCGCGCAUGCCGCUCAAACGCCAGAACAAACUCACAGACACAUAUCUUAAAUACGUUGCGGAUCUCGAUGGGUACCUGGAGAGCUUUGUGCGGAGGACCAGACCACUAGACGACCUGUCCAAGCUGUUCUUGCAACUUGACCGAGACUUCGAGACGGCGUGGGAAGCGGGGACUGUACCGGGAUGGACGAAGGACAAAGAGGCAACAGACAGCAGCACGACGACGACAGCAGGAUCAGGUCCGGCAACCGAAGGAACCGGUUCCGGGAUAUGGUGUCGCGAAUGCGAAAAAGAAUUCAGCAACCAGAACGUAUACAAAGCCCAUCUCACAGGCAAGAAACACGUGCGCAACGCGGAAGCCAAAAAGGCGGUCGCGGGCGGAUCCACGGCCACGGACGGCUCGACAUCGGCCUCGGCGCCACUGACAGCGCUGGCCAGCGCACGCCUACGGGAACGCGUGAUCGCGGCGCACGAGAGCCGCAUCCGCGCACUGGCAGACCUCUUGUCCAACGAGCGCAGCAACACGCGGGUCAACGUGGAACGCAAACAGGGCAUGACGGAGCGAGAACGGCAGGCGGAACUGGACGCGCUGUUCGCCGAAGACAACGCAGCGGUGGCGGCGGCGGAGCGUCGCGCCGCCGGCGAGCACGGGCACGGGUACGGCGAGGAUUCGGGCUCGGAGUCGGACGGCGACGAGAAGAUCUACAACCCGCUGAAGCUGCCGCUGGCGUGGGAUGGCAAGCCUAUCCCAUACUGGCUGUACAAGCUGCACGGACUGGGCGUCGAGUUCCCCUGCGAGAUCUGCGGCAACUUCGUCUACAUGGGCCGCCGCGCCUUCGACAAGCACUUCAGCGAGGCCCGCCACAUCUACGGCCUCAAGUGCCUGGGCAUCACCGCCUCCGCCGCCGGCGGCCUGAGCCUGUUCCGCGAGAUCACCGGCAUCCAAGACGCCCUGACCCUGUGGGACAAGAUCAAGCGCGAGAAACGCCAGAGGGAGAACCAGGACGACGGCGUCGUCCAGAUGGAGGACGGAGAGGGCAACGUCAUGCCCGAGAGGAUCUAUCUCGACUUGCAGAAGCAGGGCAUCCUGUAG